CUUUACACGGGCGAGAGGGAGAUGGAGAGAAAUGAGGUCUGAAAAGGACCAAAUGACCGUGGGCAAGGAGAAAAGCGUCGUGGAGAUACAAUUUAGAGACAUCCCAAGAGAGCAGGAAAACAUUCCUGGAAACCUGAAGCAGAAAGAAGAGAAGAAAGAGGUUUUUACCAAGGUCGUGAUUCGAAGGCUUCCACCAAACCUGUCAAAGGACCAGCUAGAGGAACAGCUCAGUCCCCUUCCAUCCUACGACUAUUUUGAGUUCUUUCCAGCUGACCAAAGUCUCUAUCCCCACUUGUUCUCCAGAGCAUAUAUUAAUUUUAAAAUCCCGGAAGAUAUCCUUCUGUUCAGGGACCGAUUUGAUGGCUACGUCUUCAUUGACAACAAGGGACAAGAGUACCCUGCAGUGGUGGAGUUUGCCCCCUUUCAGAAAAUCUCAAAGAAGAAGCUAAAAAAGAAGGAUGCCAAAACUGGAAGCAUUGAAGAAGACCCAGAAUAUAGGCGGUUCUUAGAGAAUUACUCCUGUGAUGAGGAGAAGUCUAUGGCCAACCCUGAGACUCUGCUGGGAGAGAUAGAGGCCAAGACCAGAGAGCUCAUAGCCAAACGGACUACACCGCUGUUGGAAUACAUCAAAAAUAAGAAAAUUGAGAAACAGAGAAUAAGAGAGGAGAAGAGAGAGGAGCGGAGGAGAAGAGAGCUCGAAAAGAAACGGCAAAGGGAGGAGGAAAAGAGAAAGCGAAGAGAGGAAGAGAGACGCAAACGGAAAGAGGCAGAGAAGCAGAGGAAGCUGUCUGAUAAAGACAUUAAAAUCAAGCUCCUUAAGAAGAGUGACAGGGACGAUGACGUGGAUUCAGACCGGAUGAAGGACAAAAGUGACAUUGGGGAGACAGACAGAUGCAAAUGGGAGAAAGCCGGAGGACAAAUGAAGUCAAAGGACCCCAAAGAAAACAUUACUAUACUUGUGGGGACCUAAAUAUGUUUACA